AGAACAACCCGGUUCUCGAACCUCGUAAACUGAAAUCAGCUUCGGGACUCGAGAAAUCUGACCAAAACACAUACGGUACGUUCGUUCCAUUUUCAUCUUCUUCAACGUCAUUCCCGUUCCCCAUUCUCCCACAGGUUCUGAGCGGCGCGUCCUUCUCACGCGAUUCCGCAAACCCUAUUAUCUUUGCGACUCUCCAAGUAACAGUAGUGUUAGUAGCCAUGGAGUUGGAGUUCGAGGUGAGGCUGGUUGCUGGUAUUGAGAGCUGCUUCGUUUCUCUUCCUCUGCUCCUAAUCCAAACCCUCCAAUCCUCCCAACCGCGCUCCUCCGACGUCCUCGCCCUCGAGCUUCGCUCUCGCUCCUCCGACCUCCGAUGGUCCGUCGCCUGGUCCGGCGACACUUCCUCUUCUCCCGCGAUCGAGAUUGCUCGGCAGUUUGCGGAGUGCAUAUAUUUGGGAGAGGGCACGAGAGUUCAGGUGCGAGCACUGGCGAAUGUGGCGAAGGCCAGUUUGGUGACGAUUGAGCCCAACAGUGAGGAUGAUUGGGAGGUUUUGGAGCUCAAUUCGGAGCUUGCGGAAGUAGCUAUAUUAAAGCAGGUCAGGAUAGUCCACGAGAAAAUGACAUUUCCUUUAUGGUUGCAUGGCCGGACUAUCAUCACAUUUUGUGUGGUUUCAACAUUCCCCAAGAAAGCGGUGGUGCAACUUGUGGCAGGAACUAAAGUUGCAGUUGCUCCAAAAAGACGGAAGAAAAAUUUGGAUUCACACCAAGAUUCUUCCAUGUCAUCUUCCAAUAAAUCACAUCAAGCAGCAAGUGCUUUACUGCGCAUUCAAGACGCAGAUAGGAGACUAAUUUACAAAAGUGACAUUAAAAAUAUUGAGCUUGGCGUGGUUCUCACUUCUGUUGCUAUAGUGCACCCAGAAACAGCAAACAAGUUUGCAUUAGAUUCUCUUCAGUUAGUAGCUAUAGUGCCUCGAUUGUCGGCAAAGGAGAGUGUAAAAGAUUCUGAAAAAGGUGGCUUGAGAGUAAAAACGAGUUCAGUAUCGAAGGAUGCAGACACUGCAAGUAAACUGGAAAAUCGUCAAGCAAUUGUUCGUAUACUGUUUUCAGAUUCAGUGGCUAAAGGGCAUGUCAUGAUUUCUCAAUCUCUUCGUUUUUACUUGGGGGCUGGCCUGCAUUCAUGGGUUUAUUUAAAGGGACGCAACAUUUUGAGGAAAGAUAUUCCCUCGGUUUCACUUUCUCCUUGCCAUUUUAAGAUGAUAGAGAAAUCCAAGAAUCUUGAGAAAAAUGGUCUUGAAGUGUUUGAUAACCAUAAAAAUGGCAGAAGAAUAAAUAUGCUUCUCAAGAGGAGCUCAGCUAACUAUGUGGAUGUUGUAGAUUGGUCAACUCAUGAUGAAGUUAUUGCUGCUCUUUCACAUGAAUCUCAUUACAAAGAGGAUGGGAAAUCUGCUUUUAAGGAUGACAAUGGAAGGGGUCUACAAAAUCUUAUGAAGGUUUGGUUUCUUGCACAAGUUGGUGCAAUUUCUUCAACUUCUGGUCUAGAGGUUAAUUCAUUGUUUCUGGGAAGUGAAACGUUGGUUCACAUUGAAGUAAAAAGCCACAACCUUGGGUCUCAGGAAGAUGUACAGGCAUCAUCUAAUGGUUUUCUAGAAAACAUAAAAAAGACUAGUAAGCUAACGGCUGAAAUAUUGUAUGUAUUAACCAUUCCCGUGGAAUCUCACUCUGGUGGGAUUGUGUACGAGCUAGUGUUUGAUGAAUUAAACAAAGGGCAUAAUACUCUGCAAGGAGCAUUAUUUGAAAAAUUGGAAAUGGGUGAUCCUGUAUCCUUUAGUUGUGUCAGAGAGAGAAUCAUUGAUGAUGAUUUAAGUACUAAUGUAUCUUCCUUGAGCUGGAUGGGGACAACUGUUUCAGACAUUAUUAAUAGGAUGAUGGUAUUGCUAUCCCCUGCUUCUGGCGUGUGGUUCAGUUCAUACAACCUCCCUCUUCCUGGGCACGUUCUGAUAUAUGGACCUACAGGAUCAGGAAAAACAUUAUUAGCAAAAGCUGUUGCAAAAUUUCUUCAGGAACGUGAAGACAUCUUGGCACACAUAGUUUUUGUAUGUUGCUCCAAACUUUCUCUGGAAAAGGCCCCAUCCAUUCGCCAAGCACUCUCUGGCCACAUAUCAGAGGCUUUGGAUAAUGCGCCAUCCCUUGUCAUCCUUGAUGAUCUCGAUUGCAUUAUUGCAUCUUCAUCCGACUCAGAGGGAUCUCAAGCUUCAAGCUCUGCCACUGCACUUGCAGAAUUUCUAACGGACAUUAUAGAUGAAUAUAGGGAAAAGAGGAAGCUGGCUUGUGGAAUUGGUCCCCUUGCUUUCAUAGCUUCUGUACAGUCUUUAGAGAGCCUGCCACAGUCAUUGAGCUCUUCAGGAAGGUUUGAUUUUCAUGUUCAACUGCUGGCUCCUGCUGCCUCAGAACGUGCAGCCAUACUGAAACAUGAAAUCCGGAAGCGUUGCUUGCAAUGUUCUGAAAGCAUCUUACAGGACGUAGCUUCAAAAUGCGACGGUUAUGAUGCAUAUGAUCUGGAAAUAUUGGUUGAUAGAACUGUUCACGCUGCUAUUGGUCGAUAUAUGGCUUGCCACUCUUCUUUCGACAAAUACGAAAAGCCCACUUUACUCCAGGAUGACUUUUCUCGGGCAAUGCAUGAUUUCCUUCCAGUUUCCAUGCGGGAGGUUACUAAAUCUGCUCCUGAUAGUGGUCGGUCUGGCUGGGAUGAUGUUGGUGGUCUUGUCGACAUUCAGAAGGCAAUUAAAGAGAUGAUUGAGUUGCCUUCGAAGUUCCCAAAUAUUUUUGCAAAAGCUCCUUUAAGAUUGCGUUCCAAUGUUUUAUUAUAUGGACCCCCUGGUUGUGGCAAGACACACAUAGUUGGUGCUGCUGCUGCUGCUUGUUCUUUACGGUUUAUAUCAGUGAAAGGGCCUGAGCUGUUGAAUAAGUAUAUCGGUGCUUCCGAGCAAGCUGUGCGUGAUAUAUUCUCUAAAGCAGCUGCUGCAGCACCAUGCCUUCUCUUCUUUGAUGAAUUUGAUUCCAUUGCCCCAAAGAGAGGACAUGACAAUACUGGAGUAACAGACCGUGUUGUUAAUCAGUUUCUGACCGAAUUAGAUGGUGUUGAAGUUUUGACUGGUGUUUUUGUUUUCGCUGCUACGAGUAGACCGGAUUUACUUGAUGCAGCACUUUUAAGACCUGGUAGGCUAGAUCGCCUUCUUUUCUGUGAUUUCCCAUCUCCACGAGAAAGAUUGGAUAUUCUUACAGUUCUCUCUAGAAAGCUACCACUGGCCAACGACGUCGAUUUAGAUGCCAUAGCUUGUAUGACUGAAGGAUUCAGCGGAGCUGAUCUUCAAGCUCUGCUCUCAGAUGCGCAGCUCGAAGCAAUUCACGACCUUCUGGGUGGUGAAAGCAUACAUGAACCUGGAAAAAAGCCACUCAUUACUGAUUCUCUCGUAAAGUCUACUGCUUCUAGGGCAAGACCAUCUGUUUCAGAAGCUGAGAAGCAAAGAUUAUAUGGAAUCUACAGCCAAUUUUUGGAUUCAAAGAGAUCUCUUGCUGCCCAGUCGAGAGACGCAAAGGGCAAGAGAGCAACCUUAGCAUAGCAAGCUGUCGUGGAAGCAGGUAUCUCAUAUUCUGAGAUUGCAGAAUACAUUUUGCCCCGAAAUAACAAGAUUUAGAUUUCCAUCCACAUUAAGAACCAAACAUGGCAAAAACACAGUAACAUGGGUGAAAGUUACGAAUGCCAUAAUUUUUUAGGAUACAAGUUACACUGACUAGAUAUAAGCAAACAUGUUGAACUGAAAUGAUAGGGCUUGUGACUUCGAAUAAUAAAGAUCAAGGUAAGUUUUUGUUGACAUGGAAAUUUCUGACUGAUUCUUUUCCUCUUUUCACCUCACACAAUCGCAUUUAUGCAUCCUUGGUUCCAUAACAUAAUCUGCCCUUAUAGAAAUACACCUUGAAAUUGGGGUGCUACAAAGUAUACAAUAUCGAUCAUAUAAUUGGCUGAAUCUCAACGCUUGUUCAGGAGCAUCUGUCGCUUUACCCGACGCGUCGAGAUAGGUUUUCCGCUACCUGCUAAGUUUGCAUUUUGCUCCACACAUCCACCUAAUGAUGUCUCAUACGAAAGUUCAAUUACUUCAGUGUUUAUUAUCCUAGAGUUUUGGCGCAUAUGUCGACAUCGUCGAUCAGCUUUCCGAUUUGGAUGCGUUCAAUGGUUGUUAAACAACAAAUAAAACACGAUAGAAUAACACACAUAGAUAGGUUUAAUGGUCUAAUUAUGCAAGAGUUGUACACGAAUAAUUGUCUUCAGAAACUUGAAAUAGAAGGAAAAACGAGUGCAAAUUA